AUGAAGACUGAGAAGGAGCAGCGCCUUCUCGGUGCCAGCAAGACCUUUGACAGCGGCCUUUCACGCUUCAAUUUGAGCGCUUGGGAUGAUCUUCUGUCGUCCGAUGUCAUCCUUCACAAGGACGGUAUCACUCUGUUCGAUGACCUCCAUGGAAGAAACUCCGUAAGGGGAUAUUUCCAGGCAUACAUUGACAGAUACAGUUAUGAGCACAUUCCCAUCACAGGGGCAGUGGACGAGCACAGCAAUGUUGCCUUCUCGUUCCAUGUUGACAAGGAUGUGACACCCAAGAAGGAAGCUUACCAAGGCCAGCAUGCCGCUGGACAGGCUAAGCCCACCAGCACACUUGGGAUCUUCUUCCUGCGUUUCAACCGCGAGGAGCGAGUGCAGGAGAUCUUUUUCCUGCGCCAGCUCAGCCACGAUGAGGCAGCACGCAAGCUCAAGACCAUCCCCGACUACAGCAAGCUGAGCAUUGACGAUGCGCUCAAAUACCGCGGCUCUGAGGAACAGAGUGAGAAGCGUGCUCAGAAGCAUGACCAUGCAGCAUCACUCUACAACCACAUCUGGGCCACUGGAGAUGUCUCCCUUGCUGAUAAGAUCUUUGCCAAGGAUGUGUCCCUGUACAGCCUAAUCUAUGGUGGUGAGAAGGAGGGCCUGGACACAUUCAAGAGCAUGGUCAGCGGCAUCUUCAAGGAAUAUGAGGUCAAGGACAACCGCUCCACAGUUGCUGUGUCUGCUGGCAAUAAGGCCUUCAUCUUCUGGAGGAUCACAGGCGUGUACCAGGGCGAUUGGACCCAGAACUAUGGCCUGAGCCUGCUUGUCUUUAACAGUGCUGACAAAGUUCAGGAUGUGCUCACGCUAAUGACACCAUUUCCUGGACAGCGGCGCCAGCUGCUCAAGGCAGAGGAGUGA